AUGGAUACAGACCCAGUCUCCUGCAAUAUGGCCUCAGCAUUUUACGAGAUUAUGAGAGACUCUGGACUCCAAAGGCAGCUGGAGCAUGGAUGGGGAAAUUCCUACGCACAUGACGGCGCGGCAGAUUCCGCAUCAUCACCCACUUCUGAUUUUGGUGACGCCAGCCGGUCCGACCAAUCACGGUCUCGGCACAGUUCAAAAGUCUCAUCUCCAUCAGGAUCUCGCAGAGUUGCCCAAAGGCGAGAUGGGAAGCGCCUCAAAAGCCCCAAGUCGAAGAAAUCCGGAGGCAGUCAAGUCAAGGAAGAAGAUGAGGAAGAGAGUAUGGAGGAUAUCCAGGCCAUGCCAGAAUCUGGUAACCCAUACUCUCUGAAAUACGAUCCUCAGGCUGCAGCAACUGGCGAGGAUCAUCGGACCUCUGGAUAUAAGCUGAACAGAGAAGACUACGCAGAUCGUGAAUACCUGAGAGGGCUGGACUCGGAGCUGGAUACUCUUAGAAAGCAUUUGCUCCAGCGCGCCAAUCCUCCCAGAUCAUUUCCGUAA